CCUCCCAUUUAAAAAAAAAAAAAACUAACAUUUACAAUUUCCAGCAACAAAAACAAUGAGGGACUUUCCAAACCUAACAGAUCACAAGAUGUCAGCACUAGUGGAGUCUCAGACACGGCAUCCAUUGCGUACACCGGUCCCUUACCUAUUCGGUGGUUUAGCCGCGAUGCUCGGACUCAUAACAUUUGCACUCUUGUUACUCGCCUGCUCUUACUGGUCACUCUCACGGCGGACAAACAGCGAUGGAGACGGCGAGAAACAGAGGGAGACCGAUGAAAAGGUAACCGCAAAGGUUUUCGAGGAGAAGAUUCUUGUGAUCAUGGCUGGACAAAACAAACCAACUUUCUUAGCUACACCUGUCGCAGCCAAGACUUGCGUGUCAAGCGCAGAAUGCGUAAUUAGGGAGGAUAAAGAAGGGCAAAAUGGAGAAUCUACAGAAAUAGAAGGGUCGUCGUUUUCUUCUGAUGAAGAAAAUAAGUGAGCUUUGUACUCGAGAGUGUUUUUUUUUUGUCGUUUCUCUCGUCCUUGGUUUUGGUUGUUGUCGCUGGAAUUAUUUUCCUCUGUUUUUCUCGACCAUGGUAUUGUAAAUCUUCAUUAGAUUAGUAAAUGUGAACAAAAGUUUGACAUAUUUUCGGGUUUC